UUUGCAUUGUGGGCAAAGGCAAAUCCAAGAUGGCGGCGAGCAGGCGACUGCAUAAGGAACUUGAUGAAAUCCGCAAGUCUGGAAUGAAAAAUUUCCGCAGCAUUCAGGUGGAUGAGUCAAACAUUCUGACCUGGCAAGGACUCAUUGUUCCUGACAACCCUCCAUACGACAAAGGUGCGUUCCGGAUUGAGAUCACAUUCCCUGCAGAAUACCCCUUUAAACCUCCCAAAAUCACAUUUAAAACCAAGAUCUACCACCCGAACAUUGAUGAGAAGGGUCAAGUGUGUCUGCCGGUCAUAAGUGCUGAGAACUGGAAACCUGCAACCAAAACUGACCAAGUAAUCCAGUCUCUCAUCGCCCUCGUCAACGACCCCCAACCAGAACACCCGCUGAGGGCCGACCUGGCAGAGGAAUAUUCAAAAGACCGUAAAAAAUUCUUUAAGAACGCAGAUGAGUUUACAAAGAAACAUGGCGAGAAGCGGCCAGUGGACUGAUAUCGCAUGAGCGCGUUUCCCUUGUUUCUCCUUUGCCCACUCCUCCAAAACCGUUUCCCCCAAUCCGAGUCCCCGCCAGUCCGCCCUCACUCUCGGUCCCCCGCGAGCAUCCCAGCCGCAUUUCACCUUCGGCAGAAGGACCCGUGACUUCUCAGCCUCUGGGUGUCGAAGCGUGUUAAAAUUGUGAUGAGGGGAGCGUGCGAAUGAGAACUCGAUAAAAGUGGUGAGAUUUGGGGGUGGGGAAGGACGGGGGCGAAAAGGUUGUUCCUUUUAAUUUGUUCUUAAAUUGCACAGAGAUGUGUUCAGGUCAUGUAAUCUGCUGCGUGAUGAAUCUUGACUGUUUUCAUAGCAGAAUACUAUGGUGAACCAGAGUAUAAUGUUAAGUCGUUUCACUUUCACAUUUAUGACAUUGAAGAAAUCCAAUCCAAUAGUUUGUUUAAUGAAAACACGUAAUACGUCAAAGGUGUGUGGCAAAUGUUUCUUUUAUAUUUCUCUCUCAUCUCUGUAAUUUUUUGUUUUUUUGCUUAGGUUGCACUGUUUUCUGUGGAACAAGGUUUCAUGUUCUUCAUAAUCUCAGUUUGUAACUCACUGAAUCACAAACUAGUCACUCAUCAAUAUAAUGUUUAUGAUGUCAUAAAAAGGAAAGCAAGACUUGACUUGACUUUGUGUCUGACUGAACAUCAUGUAUAUUAAGACCUU